ACACGACAAAAUGAAGGUUAUAAUUCGGAUCGGAUUAUAACCGAUCAACAUGAUAAUGUACAUCAUAUACAAAUGGAUGACAAUGAUGAGUUACGACCGAUUAAUGAUUUAGACAAUCAACAUAGUGAACAUUCACCAGACAAUAAUGUGCUAUCAAAUAGUGAUAUCAGUGAUGUAGAGAGUGUUGCUGCGGCACAAGCAGCCGCAGCUGCUGCCGCUUCAUUACGUGGACCAUAUUUUGAUACGUCGGUAUCACGUAAUGUAACAGCAUUAGUUGGUAAAACAGCUAGUUUAGUAUGCAGAGUUAAAAAUUUAGGAAAUCGUACGAUAUCAUGGGUACGACAUCGUGAUAUUCAUUUAUUAACUGUUGGCCGUUCCACAUACACAUCAGAUCAACGUUUCUCAUGUAUACAUAAUCCACAGACAGAAGAAUGGAUACUACAAGUUCGAUAUCCACAACGUCGUGAUUCUGGAAUUUAUGAAUGUCAAGUUAGUACAACGCCUCCCAUAGGACAUUCAAUGCAUCUAUCUGUUGUUGAGCCAAUAACAACUGUUUUAGGUGGACCAGAUAUUUAUAUAAAUCGUGGAAGUACAAUGAAUUUAACGUGUAUUGUCAAACAUAGUCCAGAACCACCGCCAUUUAUAUUUUGGACGCAUAACGAUGAGAGUAUAAAUUAUGAUUCACCCCGUGGUGGUGUCAGCGUGAUUACAGAAAAAGGUGAUAUCACUGUCAGUUACCUUUUAAUUCAACGUGCAAAAGGUUCUGAUUCAGGGAAAUAUACAUGCAGUCCAUCGAAUGCAAAUAGCAAAACAAUUGUAGUGCAUGUUUUAAACGGCGAACACCCAGCAGCAAUGCAACAUGGGGGCCAAUUACGUUUAGAAUAUCCAAUAUCAGCAUGUUUAUUAAGUGUAUUAAUUGUUGUUCUUGGAACUUAAUAAAAAAUUUAAAACAAUUAAAUAAACAAACACACA